UUACACUUGGCACAAUGCAAUCAGGCAAGUACUGUUCUCCUGGCAACCAUAAAAACCCAGACAUGUCCAUCAGAUUGCCAGACAGAGAGGCAUGAUUUGUCACUCCAGAGAACUGCUCCAGAGUCCAGUGACAGCAUGUGCUGAUGUUGAUGUUGUUCCCAGUUGCUUCCACUUUGUUAUAAUACCACUAACAGUUGACCGUGGAAUAUUUAGUUUCAUGGAAUUUUCAUGGAUGGGCUUAUUGCACAUGUGGGAACCUAUCACGGUACUGCUCUUGAAUUCUCUGAGCUCCUGAGAGCGAUCCAUUCUUUCACAAAUGUUUGUAGAAGCAGUCUGCAUGCCUUG